AUGAACGUCUUCUGCAACGAGCUAAAAAUUCUACUGCAAGUUAUUCUGCUCAUCGUAAGAAGUGUUGCGAUCCCCAUUGAUAAUGGUGUCGACGGAGAUCCAGAAAUUGAAUGUGGUGCUUCAUCAAUAGCUGUUAACUUGAACACUCGUAACAUAUUCGAAGGGCAUGUUUACGUAAAACCUAAAUUCCUAACUAAAGUGGAUCGUGCCUACCGAGUCUCCUGUUUCUACAUGGAAGCGGACAAAGAUGUCACAUCCCUGAUUGCUGUCUCAGAUAUCACAACUGAAAGCGUUACAGGAAUUGUACAGAUGCCAAUUUGUAAAUAUGAAAUCCUGGAAGGUGGUCCUUAUGGAAUCCCAGUACAAUAUAGUACAAUUGGUCAACAAGUAUAUCACAAAUGGACCUGUACUAGUGAGACCGUAAACACGUUCUGUAUGGUGGUGCAUAGCUGCUCCGUGGAUGAUGGGAACGGAGAUCGUGUGGAUAUUCUUGAUUCAAAUGGAUGCGCAUUGGAUCGUUACGUUCUGAAUGAUCUUGAAUAUCCUGAAGAUCUACUAGCUGGGCAGGAAGCACAUGUUUAUAAAUACGCUGACCGAGACUCCCUCUAUUACCAGUGCCAAAUAUCAUUACAAGUGAAGGAGAACGGGGAAUGUGUCAGACCUAUUUGCGCCGAUUUCUUCAACUCACCUCCAUUUAAAGUAUUCCACAAAAAUAGACAAGGUACAUGUCUUUGA